UGAUGGGGUAAGAGAACGGUUGUUUCACACCUCCCUGCGUUGAUCGUGACAUGUGAAUAGUGACGAAAGUGACUAGUAAAUUCCUUCUUCCAGUGAAAUUUAUCUCUAACUAUUUGUAGUUUUUCUGUCAUAAUGUCUGAAUACUUUUUCGAUCACAUGCCGUUUUUGCGGCGUAAUUCCAAGUCGAAACUUCCAACACUUCAAGACGGGCUUUUCAAAAUAGGAUGCCAAGCGUAUCACAUCUUGGUGCAUGACAACAAUGACAAUCAGAUUGCCUCUUACAGAUCCCCGCCUGCAGUCAAUCCUUCGGAUAAUCCGUUCGUCGUCAUCAUCCCCACGUCUAAUCCGAAAGGAAGCCAGAACAGGGACAAGAAUAAGAAGCGCCGUUUUUCGAGAGUUUUUGACAGCGCACCUUCAACUCAUUCACAUGAUUUUGAGGAUUGGGAUUCACAUUUUAUGCUAAGGACAGAUCCUGAUGAUUUUGGAAGAAAUGAUGAAUGGGGUCAAAGAGGAUGGUUCAAGCCAUCAUGUGUGCCAAUUACAAUAAUUCUCAUUUUGAUAGUUCUGGUAGUUCUGCUUCCCCUCAUGGACAAUGCCGAAAGAUUAGAAUCAAAGCCAGUGCAACACAACUUGGCCGAUAUCCUGUCGUGUCAGCAGUAUUGCAAAUUCUCGUUGGUGGAAUCGAUCCCGCAGGGCAUGAGCUAUCGCAACGGAUCGACUCGAUUCCCGUCGACGUUUGCGGUGUGGUCGAGCAUGCUCGCCGAGGCGACCAGUAGCAUCGAAAUCGCCUCUUCCUAUUGGACGUUGCGUGACAGUGAUGUGGUGCCGCAGAGCGUGGGUAUGCGGCGGCAACUCAAGUAUCCCGGAUCCGAUGAGGGUGAGAAAAUAUUCAAAGGUCUUCUAGAAGCAGGUACAGAAAGGAAGCUGACGAUAAAAAUAGCUCAGGACUUACCAGCCGCUCGCCAUCCAAACUAUGACACUGAAUAUCUUGCUUCAAUGGGUGCAGCUCAGGUAAGAAGUUUGAACUUCCGAAAACUAGUCGGAGCAGGCAUUCUGCAUACAAAACUAUGGAUUGCUGACCGCAAAUCAGCUUAUGUUGGCAGUGCUAACCUGGACUGGCGUUCUCUCACACAAGUCAAAGAAAUGGGCAUCUACAUCAAGAACUGCUCGUGUCUGGUCAAUGACAUUGCAAAAAUAUUUGAUGUUUAUUGGAUGCUUGGUCUUCCCAAUGCAGUUGUUCCCAGCCAAUUUCCGGAUAAUGUGACGACCACUUUCAAUAAAGCUACUCCACUGCCUAUGACUAUCAACUCCUCUAGCAUUGGUAUUUAUGCAUCGAGUUCACCGCCGAAAUUCUGUCCGAAUGGUCGUACGUCAGACAUUUCUGCAGUCCUGGAUGUGAUAAGCAAAGCGAGGAAGUUCAUAUUUAUAGCUGUAAUGGAUUACUUUCCAUUGACCAUCUACUCUCAACAUCCCAAGUACUGGGGAGUGAUAGAUGAUGCCCUGAAAACUGCUGCAAUCGAGAACGGAGCCGAAGUGAGACUGCUGAUCAGCUGGUGGGACCACUCCAGAGAAUCGGCCAAGUUCUUUCUGCGCUCGCUGGUCGCACUCACUGGAGCCUAUCCAGGACUCAAUAUUUCUGCGAAACUGUUUGUAGUUCCAAGCACCGCUGAGCAGAGUCAAAUACCUUAUGCUCGAGUCAAUCAUAACAAAUACAUGGUGACCGAAAAAUCGACGCUAAUUGGUACAUCGAACUGGUCAGGUGACUACUUCCUUUGGACAGGGGGAAUCAGCAUCGUGACCGAGGGCUCCUCAGAGCUGCGUGACGAACUGGAGGAGGUGUUCCUGAGGGACUGGAACUCUGAGUUCGCUUACGACCUUCCCAGAUAACUAAAGGCCGAACUCUAUUGGUACUACUCUGGCUGGUACUUGUAGUUAAUCGCCUACUCAUGCAUUUUGAGGUUGCUUUAAGACAGAUUCGGAAAGUGUUUUGAUCCGGUGACUUUGUGAGUAAACUUUUAUUCAUCUUUACAAUUAAAGUCAUUUAAAUAUAUUUAUCGUGAACCGGUGUUAUGUUAACAGCUUAGUUGCUAUUAACAACUAACCUUGGUGAUUAAUGUAAUGUAUGAGUAUUCCCAACCACGCUAUUUAAUGUUGGUUGGUGCUAUUUUUAUUAUUAAUCCUGGUGAUUUCUGUAGUUUACGAAUAUUCAAAACUUCUAUAUUAAUUUAUUGUUAGUUGGUGGUAUUUUUACACAGCUAACUUUGAUGAAUGCUGUAAUUUAAGAUAUUUUUAGUUAUUGUAUUGACAUUAAUAUGUUAUUCUUCUAGGUAUUGUAAUUUGGUGUCAUUUUUACUACUUGUCAUGAUAAUUAUUAUAAUAUUUUCUUAAAAUUACUGAUUAUAAACUUUAUUAAGGCUGUGCAAAGGCUAAAAGAAACUUUCUAUUGGUUACAUUUUACAAGUUUUACUUUCCUUGCCCUAUUACCAUGGGUAAUGUGUGUGUGUAUGAGUGUAUGUGCGUCUGUGUACACGAUAUCUCAUCUCCCCAAUUAACGGUAUGACUUGAAAUUUAGAACUUAAGGUCCUUACAAUAUAAGGACCGACACGAACAAUUUUGAUCAAAUUCAAUUCAAGAAGGCGGAUAAAAUGGCGAAAAUGUUGUCAAAAACAGGGUUUUUUGCGGUUUUCUCGAAAACGACUCCAACGAUUUUGAUCAAAUUUAUACCUAAAAUAGUCAUUGAUAAGCUCUAUCAACUGCCACAAGUCUCAUAUCUGUAAAAAUUCCAGGAGCUCUGCCCCAUCUAUGCAAAGUUUGAUUUAAGAUUCCCAAUUAUCAGGCUUCAGAUACUUAUUGAACAAAAAACUCCAAGUGGAAAAGAUUAAGCAUGAAAAUCUCUACAAUUAAUGUUUAGUAGCAUUUUCACCUAAAAUUUAAAAUAAGCUCGAAAUUCGAGAAAAAGUUAUUAUUUCAAUUUGCAACUGUUGAUUCUAUUGAAUCAUUCACUAUGAAGAGAUAGCAGACUUCGUGUGUCUCCAGCGUUAUUGUCCUGUCACCAGCUGGCUUGGAUCUUUGAAUAGUAGACUUGAGAUGCGCGUGAACACUAGCGUCAUGUGAUAUAUUUUCAUAACGGCAAGGAAAGUUGUGUGAGUGCGCCACACCAGAUUUUUUCGAUUUGAAUAAAAUCAAGCUAUCAAACUGAAAAAGUUUUCUCAGGAAAAAAUUUUUUCUCUGAUCAUUACUUUUCGAUGAUAUGAGAGCGAUAUAUGUGCGCAUAAAGUUAAACUUUUGGGACAGGUCAUUUCAAAUUUGGUAAGAAAUAAAUCCAUGAAAUUUUGAGGAUAAAUUCUCCAUUGUAGUUUUGAUUGAAUAAAACAAAAAUUUUCUGAAAAUAUAAAUGUUUGAAAAAGUUAUUCAAUUUACCAAAAAUUACCCAGCUAAAAGUUAUUUUUAGUGAAUUGAAUAACUUUCUCAAAAAUUGAAAUUUUCAGAAAAUCAAUUGUUUUAAUCAAUCAACAAUACCAUGAUGAAUUUAUCCUCAGAAGUUCAAGGAUUCAUCUCUUGCAGAAUUUGAAAUGACCUGUCCCAAACAUUUAAAUUUUAUGCACUCAUAUCUCAAAAAGUAAUGAUCGGAGAAAUUUUUUCCUGAGAAACUUUUCAUCUUGAUAGCUUGAUAGUAUACAAAUCGAAAAGCUUUGAAAAAUUUCACCAGUAGAAAGUUUUAUUUCUUUGCCUUUGCACAGACUUUAAUGUUAAGUGUCAUAUGGGUACUGAAUGUAACUCAAUUAAUACUCGCCUUAAUAAUUUUAAUUUUAUUGUAUUUAAUAUUAUUAAUCGUGUUUGAACGAAAUGUGAUAUUUUGACAAUCUAAUGGUCGAACUUUUUUUUAAUUUGGAAUAAUAAUAAAAAGUUGACAUAGGAAUUAUCUAUCUUAGAUUUGUUCUUAGUAAUAAAUAAUUGGAUUUUGAAAGAGGAUACUUGAUUUAUUUUCAAAUUUAUAAUAAAAAUUAUUAUUCUGUGAAUUUGACUAAUUUUGAAUAGAAAGCUAUUAUAUUUAAAUUAUUCUUGUCUCGGUGUUUUUAUCUUGUUCUCAGAAGAUGAGCAUUAAAUUGAAAGUAGAGUUUUCUUGAGUCUUGGUCUAAUAAUGUUUCAUGUGAUCUGCCUUGUAUUCUUUGUACUGUAGUGGGCUUUCAUAUUAGUAUUUGUAGUAAACGACAUUAUUUAUAUAUUUUUCCAAAAAAAAUUAUUCAUACAAUUGUAUUUCUUGCUCAAAUUGCUCAACAAUAUGACAUUAUGUUAUUUUUCUUUAUCUUUAUUAUGCUAUCAUUCAAUAUUUGGCAUAACAUUAUGAUUAUUCUAAGCAACAUUGAUACAUUGAACCAAGGUAGAUAGAAAACAGAUUGAUAUAUCUACUUUACUUUGUACUGUUUAACCUGAAACUUUAUACUAUUCCCUUAGAAUCGUCUUAGUUUGAUCUAAGAAUUAGAAUUAUGAGAAUAUAGUUUCCACUCUAAAACCGUGUAAUAUGAUUUGUUAAAUUUAAAUUUGAACCAAAAAGUAGAGUAAUAUCUAGCAACAUGGAUCUGUUAACUCGUUACUAUAAAAAAAGUCUUCAAUGAAUGAUAAAACCUGAAAUUAAUAUUGUGUUUCACACCAGGUUCCAUUAACAAUGAGGAACAAUUCAAGUGGCUACUGAAAGUAGAGUUACUUUUUUUUUUAAAUAUCUUCAAUCCAUAAUACAGGCAUUGGAUUUUUUAUUAUAUCAAUACUUUCUUGUAAUUUUUAAUUUAUGUUUGUUUCUUAAUUAGUUGAGAAAUUUAGGGUCAGUAUGUGCCAUAUAAAACUGGACUAUCAUUAAUCAUGGUAAUUGAAGUCCCAGAUAAUGAUCCCAAUCUCCCAUAUAAGUAAAGAAAAUAAAAUUGUUAUUUUCUAUUAUACUUUUUAAAUUCAUUUGUAUUUGAUUGAGUGGCUUUAGUUUUAGAUUAUUAGUAUUAUCAUCAUAUAUUUUGUAAUAAUCAGUUAUUAUAGUAGCACAACAAUUUUCAUGA